UCCCACUGCAGUGCCUGCCACAGAGGUCCGACCCACAGCUGCUGGCCCAGUUCUACUAUGCUGACGAGGAGCUGAACCAGGUGGCCGCGGAGCUGGACAGCCUGGACGGGAGGAAGGACCCCCAGCGCUGUACACUGCUUGUCAGCCAGUUCCGCUCCUGCCAGGACAACGUGUUAAACAUCAUCAACCAGAUCAUGGACGAGUGCAUCCCCCAGGACCGUGCCCCCCGGGACUUCUGUGUCAAGUUCCCCGAGGAGAUCCGGCACGACAACCUGGCUGGCCAGCUGUGGUUCGGUGCUGAGUGCCUGGCUGCUGGCUCCAUCAUCAUGAACCGGGAGCUGGAGAGUGUGGCCAUGCGGCCGCUGGCCAAGGAGCUGACGCGCAGCCUGGAAGACGUGCGCGGGGCCCUCCGGGACCAGGCGCUGCGUGACCUCAGCACCUACACGGAGAAGAUGCGGGAGGCGCUCAGGCAUUUUGAUGUCCUGUUUGCCGAGUUCGAGCUCAGCUACGUGUCAGCCAUGGUGCCUGUGAAGUCCCCCAGGGAGUACUACGCGCAGCAGGAGGUCAUCGUGCUGUUCUGCGAGACUGUGGAGCGGGCCCUGGACUGCGGGUACCUCACCCAGGACAUGAUCGACGACUACGAGCCAGCGCUCAUGUUCACCAUCCCCCGACUGGCCAUCGUGUGUGGCCUUGUGGUCUAUGCAGAUGGACCCUUGAACCUGGAGCGCAAGGUUGAGGACAUGUCUGAGCUUUUCCGGCCCUUCCACACGUUGCUGCGGAAAAUCAGGGAUCUGCUGCAGGCACUGACCGAGGAGGAGCUGCACACACUGGAGCGGAGCCUCUGUGUCUCCCAGGAGCUGGAGCUGCCCAUUCGCACGGAUGCCCAGGUGCCCUCUGCCCUGGUGCCUGCCUUUCCCACGCCACUCCCCCCCAAGGAGCCGCUGUCCACCAAAGCCACAGACCCAGAGGCAGAGCUGGCCUGCUCCAUGCAGUACGAUGACCAGGAGCUAGAGGAGCUCAGCCGCAUGGUGCACAGGGCUGGGGACGAGAUGUCCUCUUUGCUCUCACCACCCAGUGCCUGCCAGUCCCCUGCACACAGGCCAGAGGCCGAGGGCAGCCCCCAUGGGGAGCCUUCCCCAAGAAGAGCGCGGCUGAAGUCGGGUAGUGAAGAGGAGGAACGGGUGUUCUUCAUGGAGGACGUGGAGGUGGUGGAGGCACCUGCUAAACCUGAGCCCACGGGUGGCCCGUUUGCAUGGGCAGGCAGCUCCCAGGAGAGAGGGCAGGAUGGGCAGCACGGCGAGGUGCAGGCUGAGGUGGCCACCAGGGUGAAGGAGGAGGACCGGAGCAACAACAACACGGAGGAUGCCCAGGUGCUGGGGGCCGGAGCCCUGGGAUCCACUUGUAGCUGCCUGGACUCGCAGCCGUACCUGGAUGGCUGGGAGAUGGGCACAGAGGGUGCGGAGACGGCUGAGUUGAUCGCCCACCGGACAGGGGGCAUGAAGCUUUCAGCCACCGUCAUCUUCAACCCCAAGUCACCCACCUCCCCAGACUCUGCUGUGGCCUCCCAAGAUGCUCCAGGCCUCAGUGCUUCCCCUCCAGCCCCUGGGGCUGAGGAGCCUGGCCAGGGCUCCCACAAACUCAGUGCCACAGCCACCAACUGCCUGCUGCACUCCUGCGUAUGCUGCGGGAGCUGCGGGGAUGGCAGGGAGGACACUGUGGAGCGCCUGCGGGAGAAGUGCAGUUCAGGAGGUCUUGUCAGUGCCUCCCACCCUGCCACGGGAUUGGCCAUGGCCGACGACAAGGCCAAGGCUACUCUGCCCACAGACGAUGUCCCUUCGUCCAGCAAGUGCCUGCCAUCCACCUCAGGACCCCCGCGGGACACUACAGAUGGAACUCAGGGAGAGGAUGAGGCCCCACACCAGCAGGAGGAGCCCGAGGCCCAGGAGCCAGACUUCAGAAGGCCUACUGCAGCCAGCGACAGUGACAGCUCACGAAGAGAUGCCUUCCAGGAAGAUCCACUACCACCAUCAGGCUCAAGUGGCUCCAUGUUGGUUUCCUGCAUCACUGACAAGACCAGGCUAGAGGUGGCCCCUGCAGCCACACCUGUUACCCCCGUGGCCACAAGAGAGAAGAUCCGAUCCAGGUUCCAUGGCAGCCACGACCUGAUACACCGGCUGUUUGUCUGCAUCUCAGGGGUGGCUGACCAGCUGCAGACGAACUACGCAAGUGACCUGAGGAGUAUCCUCAAAACACUGUUUGAGGUCAUGGCCACCAAGCCAGAAACAGAUGACAAGGAGAAGCUAAAGAAGGUUACCCAGAGCCUUCGGAGUGCGACCUUGGAGGACUGUGCGCUGUGCCAGGAGACCCUGUCAUCCUCUGAACUUGCAGCCAAGACCUGUGAUGGAGACUUUGAAGAACCCCCCGAGUGGGUGCCAGAUGAGGCCUGCGGCUUCUGCACCGCGUGCAAGGCGCCCUUUACCGUCAUCCGCAGGAAGCACCACUGCCGCAGCUGUGGGAAGAUCUUCUGCUCCCGCUGCUCCUCGCACUCAGCACCGCUGCCCCGCUACGGACAGGUGAAGCCCGUGCGUGUGUGCACACAUUGCUACAUGUUCCACGUCACGCCCUUCUACAGUGACAAGGCAGGCAUGUGACACGUGGCUGGUGCUCCUGGAGCUGCCAUGGCUCCUGGGAGGGCAGUGCCGCACUGCAGGAGGGACCACCGCAUCUCAUCAAGCUGCCGCCUGGCUCUCUGCUCCUGGCUCCUAUCUGCGAGGACUCCAGACCAGACGUGGGUGGACAGAGGUCAGCCUCCCUGUCUGCGGGGCCUCCUAGCUCUUCCCAGGCAGGUGCCUGGCUGAGCAGGCCUGGGCUCUUCUUUCAUCCAUCAGAGCCCUGUCCGCUGUGUGUGCUGAGGCAGGAGAGCGACCACCGUGCAGCCUCAUCUGCGGUGGAGCAUCUGCAGGGCACUCGAGCCCAGUGCCGUGGCUGCCUGCGUGCUCACUGCCCACCGCACUCCCCAGUGCCCACUGCCCACCUCAGGACCCUGCUUAAAAACACACGCCUCGUUUCUGGGAGGGGAAUGCAGGAAGCAGACCUAGUGGUCCCCUGAACGCGCAGACAUGCCCUGGCAGCUGCACCACCGCCCACCAGGCGCGGACACCUGACAGAUGUUUCUUGGGUUCCUGGUCCUGGGCUCAGGGGCCCACCUGGCCGGCAUGACCCCUUCCCUGUGCCCUCGGGCAGCGGGGGCCCAGGCUGGCCGCCGAGUGGCCCCGACACAGACACCUCCUCAGGCUUCAAUCUCAGGCUUCACAUUGCAAUGACGAUUGCAGUUUUAUUUUUAGAAAGAUGACAUACCUAUCGCUUCUUUUAUAGGAUGAAACCCAAUUACUGUUCAGCAGUAGGAACAGGUACACAGAAACGGCUUCUGUGGGGGAGAGCGUGUAUAACGGAGGAAAUAUUAUGUAUCGAGAUUAUUUUUAUUUUCUAAACGCUAUAAUUCAAAAUCAUUUCCAUAAAUCUGUU